CUACGCUACAAUACGCCGUGGACUCCAUUGCUUGACACCUUCGGCUGCUUAUUUAACCAUUCUCUCUCUCUCUCUCUCUCUCUCUCUACAGAGAAAAUCAUGGGCUCAGACUCUUCCUCUACGGUUCGUCUCAACAUAGGCGGGGAGAAAUUUUACACUACUAUUGAUACUUUGACUCAACGAGAGCCUUAUUCCAUGCUUGCUGCAAUGUUCAGUGGUAGACAUACUGUGUGUCAGGAUCCUGAAAAGGGAUUUGUAUUUGUCGAUAGGGAUGGAAAACAUUUCCGACACAUACUUAAUUGGUUAAGGGAUGGUGUUGUUCCCACACUAAAAGACUCUCACUAUUCAGAGCUUUUGCGGGAAGCAGAAUACUAUCAGCUACUAGGACUUAUGGAUGGAAUUAAUUCUGUGUUAAAUAGAAAGAAGGAGGACGAAGAUUUAACUACCGACCUAACACGACUCGAUAUCAUCAAAUGCAUACAGUCAGAAAAAGUUAGAUUCCGAGGGGUUAAUCUUUCUGGCCUUGAUCUUUCAAAACUGGAUUUGUCUUACGUGGACUUCAGCCAUGCUUGUCUUAGAAAUGUAUUCUUUUCCCGUGCAAAUCUACAGUGUGCCAAGUUCCGAGACGUGGAUGCCGAGGGUGCCAACUUUCAUAAUGCAACUUUGCAAGAAUGUGAAUUUACUGGGGCCAAUCUGCGUGGAGCUUUAUUAGCUGGUGCUAGUCUUAAGAGUGCAAACCUACAAGAUGCAUGUUUAGCCAAUAGUAGUUUCUGCCAGGCGGACCUUAGUUGUGCACACUUACAGAAUGCGGAUCUUACUAAUGCCAAUUUAGAAGGAGCUAUACUAGAAGGGGCCAACAUGAAGGGAGCUAAGUUGAAUAAUAGCAAUUUGAAGUGUGCAAACCUUCAACGAGCUUAUUUACGACAAGUCGACUUGAGAGAAACAAAUUUAGAAGGUGCCAAGCUUGAUGGUGCAAAUUUACUUGGGGCAAUCAGAUGACAGUAAAGCAUUAUAUUGUAUUAUUUGUGCAUUAAUUUAAGAUUAUCUAUGAUACCCUCUUUAUUUUCUUGUUCAUAUACUCUGGCCUUGUAAAUGAAGUGUUGAACUCAAAUUUAAGUUAUAAGUUGAUAAAAUCUUGUAAAUGACACUACACUAGCCAGUUGUUUAUUAUAAACUUUGAUUUAUUUUUACCUGAAUAA